AUGAAAAAUCUACAUUCAUUGUAUUUUAUACUGUCUGAGCACAAAGAGGAGCAGGCUAAGGGCAAGCGCCAGAGUAUUCCUCUGGAUGUCAAGAUCCAAGCACUGGACCGCCUGGAUAAAGGAGAGCGCCAGGUGGAUAUCGGGGCAGAUCUCCAUUUGACUACCUCCACUAUCCGCACUAUCCUCAAAAACAAGGAUAAGAUCCGCACUUCAGCGACGACCAGCACUGCUUCUUCAGCCAAGAAGAUCACCCGCUCCAGGUCCUACGCGCUUGAGGAGAUUUACGCUCACAUACAGAGUCAAGAUCCAGAUGUGAUGGAGAGUUUUGCAGCAAGUAGAGGUUGGUUUGACCGCUUUAAGAAAAGGUACAACCUCUACAACCUUAAGAUCACCGGUGAAGCGGCAAGUGCGGUUACUGGAGCUGCUGCAGCCUUUACUGCCUCUUUAAAGGACGUGGUGGAUACAGGGAGCUAUCCACCGGAGAUUAUCUUCAAUGUGGAUGAGACCGGGCUCUUCUGGAAGCGGAUGCCAAGCCGCACAUUCAUCUCCAGGGAGCAGAAGAGAGCACCAGGCUUUAAAGCGUCGAAAGACAGGCUGACCCUUCUUUUGGGUGGGAAUGCCAACGGUGACUUCCGUAUAAAGCCACUGCUGGUGUACCACUCCCAGACACCGAGGGCAAUGAGGGGCAUUAGCAAGUCAAGCUUGCCAGUCAUUUGGAAGGCAAACAGGAAGGCAUGGAUCACCAGGGAUAUUUUUACAGAGUGGUUCACUGACCAUUUUUGCCCUUCCGUGCAGCGUUAUUGUCGGCGCAAGGGACUGGAGGAAAAAGUACUGCUCAUCAUGGACAAUGCGCUGAGCCACCCGACUAACUUGGCUGAGCUGCCCACCUACAUUCCUGUGGAGGUCCUGUUCCUACCGCCCAACACAACGUCGCUUAUCCAGCCUAUGGACCAAGAGGUGAUUGCCACCUUCAAGACCUACUAUCUCCGCCGCACAUUCCAUCAGGCGAGGACAAGCAGUCUAUGUUGGACUUCUGGAAGCAGUACCACAUCAUGAAGGCUGUCUCCAACAUUGAUCUUUCCUGGAAGGAGGUGACACAGCAGUGCCUCAAGGCUGUGUGGAAAAAGAUCUGGCCAGAGCUGUGUGAGGAUGUGCAACUACCAGAGCGCAUCAUAGCGGAGAUAGUUGACCUUGUGACCACAGCUGGACUAGGAGACACAGAUAACAAAACCAACAGUGUGUCAGCGCUAUAGGAUAUAACAAAUAUAGUAAGGCAGCACUCGAUCCCAGUGAUACAGAAGUAUACACAAAUACAAAAAAAAAAUUACCACAAAAGCACGCUAAACUGAUAUUGACCAGAGCCCUAUGACCCCUGGCUCUGGGUUUGUAAUGCUCCACUUGAGAGGGAAAAUUCACACACUGGUAGGCUUCCAAAUGGUGUGUCCACUUGAAAACUGGUUAAGCUGUGCAAUAUAGGACAGAGAGAGGCAGGACCUACAAUUGAAUAGUAUCAAAUACACUUUAUUAAAAGACAACAGUUAAAAACUUUUACUUUGCGAGUGCUGGGUUAUGCUUACAUAGCUACCCACAUAAAAGCAUAUAAACGGCUGACAGAAAGUUACUUCCUGGUUUCGUCCAUCCCGAUCACGUGAUCACUUCCGGGUCCGCCUCUCUCGUGAUGUGUACGUGACGCGUUUCGCCCGCCUCCACAGGCUUCCUCUGACAGGAAGCCUCUGGUCAGGGGUGAUAGGGGUGAUAGGGCUCUGGUCAAUAUCAGUUUAGCGCGCUUUUGUGGUAAUUUUUUUUUUAGGAGACACAGAUGCUCGGGACAUUGAGCAGUUAGUCCAGGCUUCAGGUAAGAGCCUCAACAAUGAGGAUCUUGAACUGGCUGGAACAGGGCACAUAGAAACCUUAGCACACCAGUGACUCGGACACUGGGCCUCCAUAAGAGCUUUCCUCUGAGCUCCUAAACAGAGCAUUGCAUCAGGUCAAUGACAUAAUGGAUGAGCUGGUGGCCAAUGAUCCUGAUGCAACUAGGAGCAGAAAUGCAAGGCGCAUUGUGCUGGGAGGGGUGUUUUGCUAACGCCUUCUGCUGGAUAGCCGCAAGAAGCAUAGACAAAUGACCCUUGACCAAUUUGUGGCCAAAAAUACGAGGCAGGAGGACGACCCUGGAGCCCCCACAUCCACCAUUUAAACCUUUUUAUUUUUUGGACUGUUACUUUAAUUUGUUUAAUUUAUUAGAUGCAAAACCCUUAGUUUAUUUAGCUUUUUAUUUAUGCUGUUGUGUGCAGUUCACAACAAGUAAAAAAAUGUUUUAAAAGUAUUAAAAUUCUAUUGGUGGUGUCUCUUUUUUUCAAAGUUGAUUCCCUAUCUUCCCCAUGUUAAACUGCCCUGUUUAGAGCAGUUUUGCUUAGCACUCAUAGCAGUUGGAACCUAUCUACAGCGUUAAGCGAGGUAUUCCUGUACAUCCCAUUAUAAAUACAAAUGCAUAUGUCAACAUGAAUAUCAAUGCUUACUAACCAACUAACUGCACAGUUCAUAUGAUCCAACAAUUCUGAUUGGCAGUAGCAAAUUAAAAUCUGUUAUCAAAGAAAACAAUGGUUCUACAAAAUCAAACAGCCUAUUAAUCCUAUUUCUGAUUCUCAAGAAAAUAUAGAAAUGUGUGAUAUAAUUUUUAUAUGCCUUUGCCAACCUUGAAAUCAAAAAUUGUAUGUGAUACUAUGACAGAUCAAAAAGGAGUACUUUGAGUACAGUCUGAAAAGAACAACAGACAUGCUGCUCCACACAGAGUUGUGCAUUGAGGAGCCAUUCAAUUUAACUGUAAUUUUUAAUAUGUAUGGUUUUUUUUUAACACUUUGUAAAUAUUCUAGAGACGGUGGAUGUAAGAGUACAACAUAAAAUAGAUUUGUACAGGCGUGGUGUCAGGAAAGUGAUGGAAAUUCUAAGACUGCUUUUGGUGCCCAAUAACUUUUCCCAGAUGCAAGUUUACCUGAAGAGCCAUGGAGAAGAUUUUUUCUUACCAGGAAAGAUAUUGCCAACCUAAUGCUUAAAUCUAGACGCGAGGGCAGAAGCUCAACAGUAGACUAGGAAAAUAUCCUGCACUUGGUAAAUUCCUGGUAGUAAAUGAAUCCAGAAAUUAAAUGUCUUUUGCAGGUUGAGCACCUGUGAGGAUAACACUGUGCAUCCGCAAAGCCUUCUGUUUUUUUUUUUUUUUUUUUAACAAAACACACUAGCAAAAGAGAUUGCUAAAACUUUACGGUAACCAAAUAACUCCCUUGGAUGCUACAUACUGAACAACACGUUACGUACUUCCCUUUUUUUCCCCUUUGUGUUCGUACAAAUGUAUGCUAUGUUGUAGUUGGUGCUUUUGUGAUUCAAUAGGAGACUGCUACAGCCAUACAAGAGGCAUUGGAAAAGUUCAAAACAUGGAAUCCAGAGCGGAAACCAAGUUGCGUUUUGGUUGAUUUUUGUCUGGAAGAGAUUAAUGCCAUCUCCAAAACCUUCAAAAGGUAGCUAUAUUAUAUAGGUUCAAAUAAAGAAAAUAUAAAAUAUCACUAACGUGCAAAGAUCUGUUCAAUGGUACAAAAUCUCCAUAGAAAAUAUAAAUUUAUGACUGAUAAAAUUCUUUAGUGUUAUACAAAUUCUUGGUGUUGUAUAUGUUACUUGAAAGCAUGUAGAUCAAUCAUCUCAUUUUUUCUAUUUAGACUAUCAUACAAUUUGAGUGCAGUUGCACCUUUACAGUUUUUAAAUGUUUUGGUGUGCAUUAAGAUUAACUUUUACAAGUUCAAGUGUGAAAAUAGAAAAUGACCUACAAAUUACUGUGAUAUAUAUUAUUUUAAGAUAUUUUUCAUUACUCACCCUUUACCCACAAAUGUUACUGGUUUACAUGCUGUUAUUAUUACUCUUGAAAUGCAAGUGCUUCUGAAUAGUUUUUGGAUUAAAGAUGAGAUAAAAACAUAUCUACUCUCCAGUUCUAAUUAAAAUCAUACAUUUUAAAACACACACAUUUUUCUUUGCGACUUUCAUUGAGAGAAAGCCUGGACCGAGUGGGUUACCAAAAAAGACCACGGUGUAUAUGAGAGUCGGCAACAUGUGCCAAGUAUGCUUCGGAAACUUGGCUUAGCAGCUAGCUUUGAAGACCAUCAGAAGGCACUUUGUGCACUUACUGAAUCCCACAUAUGGCACAAAAGUGACGCAUUGAGACAAUGGUUUUCAAAGAAAUGGUUGCCAGAAAUAAAAGUUAUAUCAAGUUUCUGUCAAAGAAUGCCAUUCGAACAUAUUGUAUAUUGUCUGUGUGUGGAGUCAAGAGUUUUAUGCACCACCACGCUAUUUUUACAUUGUCAAUUAAAACAAGAUUGCACUUUAAUUAAAAUUUUUGGGAAGUAUAUAUAUAAAAAAAAAAAAAAAAAAAAGUUUAUUUAUUUUUUAUUUAUCUUUUUCCCAAUAUAGAAGUCAGAACAUGCUUCUAGAACUGGAGAAUUACAUGUUGGCAUCCAUACCAACAAUGGACUGGAGAGGCAAAAUGAAGUACUGAAGCAUACAUAUCUGGAGGGAUAUAAGAACUGCACCCUUGGAGAGUUGAUUACAGUUCUACAUUGUAAUUUUUCUCCAAAUGUCUACAAAAAGUAAGUUAAGCUAUUGGAAAUCAUUUUAUGUAAACUAAUAAAUGCAACUACAAUUAUAGUGUAAAGUUGCCCUGUUGCCUAAAUAUUGUUCCUACUGUGAAUGUAGACAAAGCAAAGGCAUGGAUCAAGACAAUUACCUAUGCAUUUGAUUUCAAUUUAGGUUAUGGAAUAUAUCACUUUUUUCUCUACAGUCACUGUUAAUAAAAUGGUUUGUGUCCUGCACUUUAAGAUUAUGUUAAAAUCGUAUUUUUUACAGCCAGUACCUGAGUUGUGCAAAGGGUGUUAUUAGCUAAUGUGAAGAAUAUGCUGUAUAGUUAAUCCCAAGUCACUAUCUGUCACACCUAUGUCUGUGUGUACCCUUAUUAGGUGUAUAACACUAUAAAAGUAUAUAUCGUAUUUACUCAAAUAUAAGAAAAGUUAUUUUUCAGAGGAAAUGCUAUGAAUGUUACCUCAACUUAUAUUCAAUUUCACCUUAUGAUCAGACUUUUUAACAGAGAUCUGCUAAUAAGCCUCAAAUCUAGAUGCCCUGUAAUUCUGUAGUGGAAUUGGAUCCCUUUGUUGACAUUUAUUUGAGCAUACAUAUGGUACAUUAUUAUUAUUUUUUUAAUGUCAUCAUUAUACAUUGACAAAUAAAAAUAAAAUUAAAAAAGAUAGCUAGUACUAAGUACACACAGCAGGGUAAAUAUUACGUUCCGGUCAUUGGCACAUUGGAAAGAAAUGUAAAAUUGACUUGUGACCUGUGUUAAUAGAAUAUCACUUUAUCUGAUGUUUGUAGUAAAAGGUACAGUUAUUCAAUAGUAAGAUGUAGGCUAUAACAAGAUUGAUUAUAAAGGCCAGGAAGAUGUGUAUGCUGAAGAACACUCAUCCCACAAAGAUCAUUUUACGUCAUAUAAUGUAGAAAAAUAUUAAUGAAUGCAUACAAGACAAGCCUGUAGUAAACAAGGUUGAAUUUGAGAUUUACCGUUUUCAAACUAUUUUUCAGAUAUGUGCAAAUGAAUUCACAAAGUUCUGAACUGUAUCGGCGAUGUAAAGAAGAUGUUCCUGCAUUUUUUAAAAAUCGUCCAAGAGAGUGUGUUUCUCAUGUGAUGCAUAGAAUGUCAAGCUCUCUUACUGAGGCUGAUAUCACCAAUGUCAACUACACAGCAGGACUGUUUAAAGUAAAAAGCAAGGUCACAAAAAUUUCAAGAAUAUACUGUUAAUUUUUCAGGAAAUGUACCAACAUGCACAUGUGACGACUGGAAAAACAUUUCUUACCUUGUAAGCACAUGUGUUGCAUUUUUUAAUUUGUGGAUGGAUGGGGAUGGGAAAAGCUCGAUUCAUCAUAUUCAAGUAAUCCCCUGUUCUCUUUAGUUUUGGAAUGUGUUUUUUGCAUUUUGAGCACAAGUUAGAAACAGAAAUUCCAGAUUUUCAUAGCCCUACCUUAUUCCACCUUGAUAUUAUUACUCCACUUACACCACGCAGGAGAACAAAGAGAGUUACAUUACUGUGUAGCUGUACACAGAAUUUAAAGCGUCUCUUGGAUUCUGUGUAUUUAAUCAAGGAUGAAGAUUAUCUUGGGGAAUUGGAUUCCUUAGUCAAAGAUCUGCUCCAAGGCGCAAAACAUAGCCCGGGUACGUUGGAGGGGUAAUCGGGGAUUGUCUUGGGACGGGCUGUACGCCGAGUUAGUGCAACUCAGUCAUUGCGUGUCAGGGCCGGUGACCCUGGUGGUUCACGCGGGCGGGAACGAGGUUGGUCGCCGGCGGUCGGUGGACCUGGUACAUGCGAUGCAGCAUGACCUGGCCCACUGUUUUGCAUUGUUCAGGGAUCUGACCCUCGUCUGGUCUGAGAUCGUUCCGCGUCCGGGAGGGUAUGGUAAGGUGUUUCAACGCUAUAGACAAAGUCAACAUGACUAUUUCCCCGUUUGUACGCCACCUGGGUGGCAUAGUGGUUAGGCACUUCGAGCUGGAAGGGGUGAAUGAAAACGUGAUGAGACGGGAUGGGGUUCAUUUGUUUAGACAUUUUUAGUGUGGGUUUGCAAGCAGGGAUUGAGGCCACGCUGUCGGCGGGGGGGAGCGAUGCCCGCGCAGCGUAGUGCUCUGGGUGGGCAUCACGGUGGCAGGUUUACCCUGGACAGCGCAGAUAUAAGAGGAACUUUGGGGAGACAACAGUCUGCACGGAGCUGAUGGCGAGUAGCCGGCUGUUGAGACUCAUGGUACACAAUUCUGAAGAACUGUCUGUUGGGCAACCCCCAACAGCUGGCAGAGUUUAAAAACUGGUUAUGUUAAAUAAAGCUGUGGCCGUUAUCCUUAUCCAUCAGAAUACGGUGUUGUGUGUUAUUGGGGGGCAACGGUAUGGGUCAGCAGUCAUGUCAAGCUCUCUUACUGAGGCUAAUAUCACCAAGGUGAACUACACUGCAGGACUGUUUAAAGUAAAAAGCAAGGUCACAAAAAUCUCAAGAAUAUACUGUUAAUUUUUCAGGAAAUGUACCAACAUGCCCAUGUGAGGACUGGAAAAAAACAAAACAUUUCUUACCUUGUAAGCACGUGUUGCAUUUUUAAAUUUGUGGAUGGAUGGGGAUGGGAAAAGCUCCAUUUAUCAUAUUUAAGUAAUCCCCUGUUCUCUUUAGAUUUAUAAUGUUUUUUUAUUGCAUUUUGAGCACAAGUUAGAAACAGAAAUUCCAGUACCUCCCUGGAAAUAUAAGGAAGGGAGGAUAUGACUGCUGGCAGGGAUAAGGGGCUGGUCUAUAAGG